UGUUCACAUACUUCUUGACUAUAUUUUCUGUGCUCUAGAGGAAUUUAUGAAUAAAAUAUUAUUAAACUAUCUUAUCAGUGCUUAAAAAGAUGUUUAAAACUAUUCUACGCAGUGUUACUGUCGUGCAGUCAUUGAAGCGAUGUUACUGCACACCUAUUAAAGGAAGUAGUCGUAAGCUCGAUGUCAGGCAGAUUGAGUUGAUGGCACGAUCACUUCCUCAUCGUAAACGACUGAAGGAUGUUGGAAAUAUCAUUGUUGUAGCCAGUGGAAAGGGUGGUGUUGGCAAGACUACAACUGCUGUAAAUUUGGCAGUCGCUUUAUCUGCUGAAGGAAAGAGUGUUGGCAUUUUGGAUGGAGAUAUAUUCGGACCGACCGUUCCUCUAAUGAUGAACAUUACCGAGACUCCAUUGACUGAUGAGAAUAACAUGAUAAUUCCUCCUGUGAACUACGGAAUCAAAUGUCUUUCUAUGGGAUUGCUCGUUGAGGAUUCAGCAGCAGUAAUUUGGCGCGGCCCAUUAGUUAUGUCUGCACUUCAACGUCUUCUAAAGGGAGCUAUUUGGGGUCCACUUGAUAUUUUGAUAGUCGACACACCGCCAGGAACUGGUGAUGUCCAUCUCUCAUUAUCUCAAAAUGUUCCAAUUUCUGGCGUAAUUCUCGUCAGUACACCACAAAAGGCUGCCUUAAAUGUCACUAGAAGAGCUGUUGAUAUGUAUAGGACAUUAAAAGUCCCAAUUGUCGGAAUUAUUGAGAACAUGUCAUAUGUUGUCUGUGAAAGUUGUAAUCAUGAGAAUAUUUUAUACAACAACGCAAUUGACACAUUUUCCGAUGAUCUUGAUAUGGAAAUAAUUGGGAAGAUUCCAUUAGAAAAGCAAAUCAUAAGAUGCUGUGAAGACGGUACCCCAUCGUGUAUUAAGUUCCCUGAAUCAAAUUUCACCGAAGCGUAUCGCAAUAUUGCUAAAGGCAUUAUCGAUUAUUUAAAAGAGAUCGAUAGUAUAGCUAAGGGUAUAAUGGGUGCUGAAAAUUCUUCACACAUGAAGAACGUAACGAUAUCAGAGAAGCAGCUAAUCGAGAAGCUAAAAAACGAUAUAUUAAUGUUUGAUGGGAAAUUAAAUCACACGAAUCAAAAAAUCUCAAUAUUUGAAGACGUAGGCGAUAAUAAGGAGAAUCCAUUCAAGGAUUAUUCAGUAGAGAGACCAUUGGCUAGAGCGAUAAGAAAUCUCAAGAUUUAUCGUCAUCCGUACUCAAUUAUUAAGUUCCUUGCGUCAACAAACGAUAAAACAUUAAUUACUGAAUUUCUAAUAGGAAGUCUCGAUAAACAUCUUAGAAAUCAAAAUGAAAUACAAAUUUGUCUUGGACUUAAGAACAUUCUAAAUGCAUUAAUCUUUUUAGUUGAGACAGCAAAUGUGAGGCAUUUGAAUGUAUCGACAGAGAGUAUAUACGUAACUGAUAAUUUAACGUGGAAGCUUGGGGGUGCUGAUCAUUUAUUUAAGAAUUCUGACAUAACAAUUGAGCUGUUACAAAAGUCACGACAAUCAAAACGUUGCCGUGAUCCAGAAUAUAUAGAUCCAAAAGAAAGUGAUGGAACUGGUAUGGAACAAUUUGCAUUUGCGACAUUAUGUGAGACAGUCAUUAAAAAAGACAGUAAAAUUCCAUUUGCACAGGAUUUCCUGAGUUAUUGUCAGUCACAUUUAAAACAUUUAAAUCCAAGCAUGAGACCACUGUUAUCAGCUGUUCAACUACACAACUUUUUCUGUCACGAUUUCAUAACAAUUCAUAGUUUCUUAUCAGAAUUGGCACUUAAGACUCAGCCUGCAAAGCAGGAAUUUUUUAAGACUUUAAAUGACAAAUUGAAACAAUUUGAUGAGAACAUUAUUGGAAGUCAAUUGAGUGACUUACUGCUCUCACGCCUUGUCCUACUUGAACCAUCAGCUCAAUAUUAUCUGUUGCCGUUCCUAUUAAAGCCUCAAAAUUUGGAAGAGGAUGAGGAGAAUUCAUCAGACGAUUAUCUUUUUACAACUGCUGGAUUUAUCAAAUACAUUGUGCCAAAACUUAAGCAAGUCUUUUGUGUCCUAGAUGUUCAAAUUCGACUAAUUUUAUUGGAGAAUUUUCAUCUGUACGUAAAUGUAUUCACAAAAGAGGAACUUGUUGAUGAGAUAUUACCACAACUACUAUUAGGAAUUAAAGAUAUCAACGAUUUAUUAGUCACAAAAACACUUUUAUGUUUAGCGGAAUUAAUUCCUAUUUUAGGAGCGAGUCUAGUCAUUGGAAAGAAUCGCAGAAAACUUUUUGCAGACGGCAGACCACAACAAAAUGUCGAAAUGUGGACGAACGAGAAUUUACCGAGAUCAAUAACCCCAAUUAAUUCAUCAAUUGAUAUAUUAUCAUCAAGUCCGGUAGAUCAUGUAGAUAUCAGUGAGCAUUCAGACCGAGUAUUAUCAAAAUUAAUUUUAUCAAAUGGAUUUAUAUCAAAAAGUGAUACUGUAACAGAUGAACAUAUUAAUGAUAAGACUUUAGUUCCAAAUGACGCUACUGCUGUAGAUAAUGACGACGAGGAUAUUACAGACAACGAAGUUGAAUGGAAUUGGGAUCAGGAAGCGAAAGAUGUAGAAGAGCCUGAAACAAUAAUUGAAGAGAAAAUAGAAACACCAACAAAGAUAAUUAUUGAGAAGCCGGCAAUAACUGUGCGACCUAAAAUUGAUGAUAAUAUCGAUGACCUUGACAUCAAAAAUAAGAAACUUACAAAACUACAGGAACAAGCUGAAGACUUUUUCAGCGACUUUGACAUGACACCGACCUUCAAAACUUCUAAUGUACACGUGGUAGAAACAAGUCAGGAAGAGCAAAAGUCAGACGAAACUGAGAAUAACAGCAGUAGAUUGCAAAUGUCAGUGUUAGAAACAACAGAGGGUGGUUGGGGUGAUGACGAAAAUUGGAAUGACGACGAUGAUUUAUAA